CGGAGUCCUUCCCCAUCCUGGUGAGAUCGAUGUCCACGUCACGGCGACACAGCUGGAGCGUGCCGCUGUCACCGCUGGAGCCAGGAAGGAGGCUCAGCCUGGAGACCCCCACGGUGGAAAGUGAUGGGGAGAGAGAGGACGGCUGUUCACCACAGUCCUUAACAUGUCCGCCAGACCUUGGCCAGUCCUUCUCCUUCCCAGAAUGCCCCAGGGAGAGGAGGUUAGGACAGAAUCGGCCUCCAGGAGGAAAACCGAAGAAGCCAAACAAACCUGGGAGGAGCUCGUCCUUGAGGUCUGAAAUUUUGGCAUCGGAGACGUCCCAGGCAGCCCAUGUGUCCCGUGUUCUGGAAACAUCAAAGCGGGCUGCUGGAUCGACAGGAGCAGAAGGGCAAGAGCUGGGGGUGAUCCUGCAGACGAAGGAGGGUCAAAGUCACGUGCUGAUGGUGCAGACAGUGCUACAGGAGCUGAAGCAGUACCAUGGUGCAAAGCAGAGGACGACAAGCAGAGGAGGGGAGGAGCAUUCUAGUGAUGUCACUUGGUUUGAGUUUCUGUCCAAUGACAGGCCCGGCACAGAGGAGGAGCAGGCAGAGAAGUUGGAGAGGGGGGCGAAGGUCAGACGAACCCUGAGUUCCCUGAGGAACAGAGUGACCGGCUCCUUCGGUAAAGACAAGGGCAAGCAGAAGGAACAGCAGAAGGAGAGGGAGAGAGACAGGGAGCUCAAAGAGAAGGAGAAGGAGAGGCUGAGCAGCUACGGGCACCAGCUCGUCCCUGGAACCUUCUCCAGCUGGACCACCUGCUCGGUGUGCAGCAAGAGCCUGCAGGGGAAACAGCAAUGCCUGCAGUGUCUGAACUGCGCAGUGAAUGUCCACAAGAGCUGCAGGAGCCUGCUUCCUGAGUGCAGCCGCAGUAAACGCAAGGUAAAGGAUUCCCCGUACAGAAGAACCGGAGCAGUCCAGAGUACAGUCCAGUUUUAUAACCAAGCCCUGAGGGAGCAGCGGCACCUCGUCCUUCCAUCAGCCCAUGGCCACUCUGCCGUUCCCCACAGGCCAGGCAUGACUCUCACCCCGCAAGGACACAGCACCCAGCCAGCCAUGUCCGCCCACCACAGAGCCAGCUCUGGAUCCAUCCAGGGGGAGAUGGAUGAGGCUGACUCUACCAGAUUCAAGCGCCUGGUUGAGGACACUGUCUCUCUCACUCCGUCCAGCGCCGAGUCCAUCUCUCUGGAAGAGGACCAGUUUGCUGCAUUAAGAGGAGAGCUGGAGUCCGAAGCUCAAGACUUUGAGAUAGAAUCCUGGAGCCUGGCUGUCGACCCCCAGUUCUCAAAGACCUACCACAAGGUGGCGAUAAAGAGGCAAGAUGUUAUUUACGAGCUGAUCCAGACGGAGAUGCACCACGUGCGCACGCUGCGGCUCAUGCUGCAGGUGUAUGCGGCGGAGCUGCGGGAGGUGCUGCAGCUGGAGGAGGAGAAGGUGGAGCGGCUCUUCCCGCAGGCCGAGAACCUCCUGCAUCUCCACCGCCACUUCCUGCUCCGCCUCAAAGAGCGCCGCCGCGAGUCCCUGCAGCCGGGCAGCGAGCGCAACUACGCCAUCCAGAGGCUGGGGGACAUCCUGACCGCCCAGUUUUCAGGGGAGACGGGUGACAGGCUGAAGGAGAGCUAUGGGGAUUUCUGCAGUCGCCACACUGAGGCCGUUGGCUACUACAAAGAACAGAUGCAAAGCAACAAGAAGUUCCAGAACGUCAUACGGAAAAUCAGUAACUUGUCCAUAGUGCGGAGAUUAGGGGUUCCGGAAUGCAUUCUCCUGGUGACGCAGCGCAUCACAAAGUACCCAGUUCUGGUGGAACGCAUUCUGCAGAACACUGAAGCUGGCACGGAGGAGCACCAGGAGCUGACGCAGGCCCUGGGCCUGAUCAAGGACGUCAUCACCCAGGUGGACGGCCAGGUGAACGAGUACGAGAAAGCUGUGCGGCUCAGGGACAUCGCCGCCAAGAUCGAGCCCAAGUCGCAGGGCAAGAUCAAGGACGGCCGCGUGUUCCGCCGCGAAGACCUGACCCAGGGCCGCCGCCGGCUGCUGCACGAGGGAACCGUCAACUGGAAGGCCGCCUCCGGCAGGCUCAAAGAUAUCCUGGCUGUGCUGUUGUCAGAUGUGCUUUUGCUGCUACAAGAAAAGGACCAGAAAUAUGUGUUUUCUACUGUGGAUGGCAAGCCGUCAGUGAUCUCGCUGCAGAAGCUGAUCGUGCGGGAGGUGGCCCACGAGGAGAAGGCCAUGUUCCUAAUCUGCGCCUCCUCUGCCGACCCCGAGAUGUACGAGAUCCACACCUCCUCCAAGGAGGAGUGCGGCACCUGGAUGGCCCUGAUCCGGCAGGCCGUGGAGAGCUGUCCCGAUGUAGAGGAGGAACUCUUCAGCGAGCAGGAGGAAACCAGAGUCGCCCAGCUCAGGGAGCUCCAAGAGCGUCUGACUCAGAAAGACCUGCAGAUAAUACACAGCCUGACGGAGAAACUGCAGAUCUUCUCAGACAUCGCUGCCAUCGUCACCGGGGUGGAGGACGUCUCGGUCCAGUCUCGCCUCCUCCUGCGUGGCGAUGCAUCUGACCUCCAGCAGGGGGAGCAGCUUCUCCUGGGUGCCAUCAGUGACGUGGAGGACCUGCAGAACCUCCUUAUAUCUGGCGUGAGAGAGAGUCCCUCACGCGUGGAGGGGUCCCAGGGUGGAGGGUCGCUGCCCAGGAGAGCGGACACCUUCGGGGGCUACGACAGCAACCCCACCUUCCUCAACAAGGCCGGGACAGGCGGCGGCGUGUGGAAGAAGACGUGUGGCGGGGACAGCGUGACCCGGGAGAGGGGCCAGAGAGCCCGCUCUGACCCCCUGCUGAAGGAGCUCCACGCUCAGGACGGCCAGGAGCAGCUGGUUGAUGAAGGCACAGGAACCAGCUGGAACCCCAUCUGGUCUAACUCCUUUCCAGAGGAAGAGUUUUUUGACCGGGUGUUGACGCUGUCACAGAGGCUUUACACCUUAAAGGCCAUCGUGGUGCAGCAGGACACGCAGAUGGAGCUGCAGCGGGCGCUGGGCUCGGAGCGGGACGGGGGGCGGGGGGCGGCGGCCCGCCUGCGGGGCAGCUCGCUGCUGGAGCAGGAGAAGCAGCGUAACCUGGAGCGGCAGAAGGAGGAGGUGGCCAGCUUCGAGCGGCAGCGCGCCCGGUUCCGGCAGGAGUGCGCCCAGUGGGAGCGAGAGAGGGAGCAGCAGGCCCGGGACGCCGAGGCCCGGGCGGCCCAGCUGCGGGAGCAGGAGGACGGCUGCCUCAGGGCGAAGGCCGAGCUCGAGGAGGAGAAGCGCGAGCUCAAGAGCAAGUGGGAGGACUACCAGAAGGACCUGGAGAGGCUGCGGGAGUCCACCCGCUCCGUGGAGAGGGACAGAGAGCAGCUGGACAGGGAGAGAGAGCAGUUCGAGCAGCAGAAGAGGCUCAAGAAGUCCGCCUCCAACCUUGGCUCACAGGGCCUGCCUCACGCCACCAUCUUUAACGGUGACAUUCUGCUGGGCCCCAAAUCCGGGGACCCAGUCCCCGUGCCCCACCUGCGGCCCGCCCUGUCCGUCACGCCCGCCGACUACGCCGAGCGGCCGCCCGAGGUGCCGCGGCGGCGCGAGAGCAUGGCCCCCGUCCCGCCCAAGCCGGAGGUGCCCCUGCACCUGCACAGCACCAGAAACCAGGGCCACAAGCAGGGCGCCGUGCAGCAGCAGAUCCCCACCAAGCUGGCGGUCAACACGCGCAAGGAGAAGGGCGGCAAGAAGAGCUCCCAGCGCACCGAGAGCUCCGCCUCCCUGGACUUCAGGCAGAUGCUGCCGAUGAAGCUGUCCGGCAAAGAGGAUGGGAGUCUGAGAGGGAGGAGGUCAGUCAGUCCUCACCAACCGUACCAGCCAGACCCUGUGCCUCAGCCAAACAGCUUCCCAGACCUCCCGCCCCCUCCCCUGCCUGCCCACUCCCCCAGCUUCCGAAAGAACAGCGGCCCAGCCCCGCCCUACAAGGUCGCGGAGGAAGUCGCCAAGGAGGACGUCAUCUUUUUCUGACCCCCGGCGGCCUCCCCCGCCCCGCCUCAGCCCUGCCACACUGCACCAUGGGAAACGGAGGCAGAGGGAGCCAGCAGCGGUCAGCAGGGGCCGCCCUGACAGUGUCACGUAACACUGUGGUUCUGAGAACAACGUUCCAGCGAACUGAUGCCUUUUCUCUCAGCAAAAGAACACUGGCAUGGUUUAUUUUUAUUAUUAUUACCUUUUUUUUAAAGUUUAUUUUUCCAAGAAUGUAUUUUUAUGAUACCAUUGCUGUUCCCAUGGUGACGAGGCCAAUUACUGUGUUUUAAAUAAUCGUUUUCCCUCACAGGGAAAGGGAGCAGAAAGAAAGAAAUGACUUCCCCAAGUGAGAAAGGGUUGCUUUGUCUUACCCACUGCUCUCUGAAAGGUACUGCCUCCAGCAUCUGGACAGAGGCCUUGCAGAGGUAACCCUGCUGAGUGGUACAGGAGGGGAGCAUUUGGAGAGAGCGCCCCCUGUCUGAGGACCAAAGAGGUACGACAGAUGCAUUAAUCCCACUUCAGCAGAGUUCCAUCAAUUUUUGCACACUGUAAAUACAUCAGCAAGCAACCAGGCACGGGCAGCAAAGCAAGGAAAGCUGUAUCUUUUAAGGCAUGGCUGUGCCAUUUGUUUUAUGUUUUAAUAAGGAAUUUAAAAUAAAAUACACCAGUUUAUGUACUUGACGAAUGUGCUUUCAGGACUUUACUUGUAAAUUUUUUAAUUAACUGUACUUUAGAUAAUAGCAUCCUCAUUCAUGAGAUUCCCUGAUUUUAAGCCUUUUUCUGGAAUUAAGUGGUUUCUGGGUACGCUGCAGAUAAACUUUUCCAGGUGCCUCUCUUCAGUCUUAAUUCAUGCUCGAGGUGUUUCUAGAUACUUUCUGCAUGGAUCAUUUUCAUUUCACAGGAAGCACCUCAGUCCGCCUGUACUGGUGUAGAUUUCCAAGCAGACGCAAGUAUCUUAGUUUGUGUAAAAAAAGGUUUUCAAAAUGUAUACAUGUACAUUAUAAUGUGCUUUCGUAAAAAAUAACAUAUGCUUGCCUCAACAUAAUGAUACACAAAUCCUGAGAGUCCAAACUACUGUAGAACCCAAAUCAAAACUAGUGUAGCGAGGAUGGUGACUGCCACAGCAUUAAUAACUAUCAGCCAUUUGAUUUUUUUUUUUAUUGUUUUGUACCAUUAAACCACUGUUGUUUUUGACCAGUAUCUCAACUGGUAUAAUACUGUGUGCCAUUGACUCCAAAUUUUAUUUUGUACAUAUUGUGUAUAUGUGUAUAUAUAUAUGUAUAUUAUAGUGUAUAUGGUUAUGAAGCUCAUUGUUUGUAGAGUGUACGGUGGUUGCCAGCGCUGGCCAACCCCAGCAGGAGAUGCAGUCUCAACAGAUUGGGGUUGCCAGGUGAAGGGUAGCAGUGGGGAAACGAGGCUUUGUGAACUCCCAAACUGGCAGUGACAGCUUCAAAGGUGUUAGCGAUUGCCUGGUAACUCAUGAAACCUCACUCUCCCUCACUCUACGCCAUCUGCUAGAUCUGGAAGAUCGUUGUACAUAUUGCCAGGGACUCUUCCUGCUGAGGACUGUCCCCUAGAUCCCAUCGAACCUGCCAAGUCACGGUUGUGUUAGCGAUGCUGGGAAAAAACCCCAAAUCCCCUCAGACCAAACCCGAGCCAUAUAAUAUUAAAGUCAGGUAGUCCUCCACACAGGUUGAUGGUUUGCUUUGAAUCCACAUUGUAAUGUGACUCUGGAAUAAUACUGUAAAUUUAAAUUGACCAGCUCUUUCCCUGGAGAUGACUUGACAGGUUUGGUUGAAUCCAGGGCUUCAUUAUGGUGGAGGAAUGGUAUAUCCUAACAGGGCUGUCUUCACUGGAGCAUAUAGGUCUCUCCACUUCCCUGCCUCUGUGGCAUCUGUAUAAACUACUGUACAAGACUACCAUAAUGAUCAUAAUAUUGAGAGAUUUAAGAUGUAUAUACCUCCAUUUUGUUGAUUAUUUAUUUUCUCAAUGAUUGGGUCUUGAUGUGUGUUUGAUUAUGCUGGAUUAAAGAGUUGCUCUUGGUGUUCUUCUGUCACCUGGAAUUGUUGGUGAAUAUUUACAAAAAACACAAAAACUGGCAUUCAUGCUUUUUUUUGGGUAUGUGACCAUUUUGAAAUGACCACUUGUAUGUGUGAACCUGCAACCAGGUUUUGUAAUGUUCUUACUGUGCGUGCUUCAGGAAUCUAGUUGGUUAACCAAAGAGACAUUUACUGAACAGUGCAUUUGGAAAGUCUCUGUUUUUUUUUUUGUUUUUUUUUUUAGGGGGCUUGGUCCUCUCGUCAUUCUCCACACGCAAAACUCAUUGGGAUACUGGCCUCUUGGCUGGUGUAAAUAAUGAAAAGAUGAUGGAUCAUAAAUGGUGGGAGGCUGUAGCAGAAUGAUAGUUUGAAUCUGUUUCAGAGCCCCCCCCCCCCCCCAAUGUACCACCGUCCUAUGGUCCGUCCCUCAUCUGAACUGCCAAGCACUUUAAUUUCUGGAUGAUCGACAAGCUUCAGUCAUCCAACCCCUUGAAACCACAGACAUUCACACCUUAAGAGCACCUGCCGGAAAAGGAAAAAAAAAUUAUGGCUGCUUGCUUGAAGCUGUGCCCUUGCCUUUUAAAGAAACAUUGUCACAUGUACAUAAAGGAGGAUGUGAUGUGAAAUAUGCAUGUUAUUAUUUUUACCUUUAAAUAUUUCUUUUUCCUUUUUGUUGGGUGCUUUAUGUACAAACAUUUGGGACAGCUCAAGCUGAAAGAAAUGGAGAGCUUUCCAUGUACUGCCUACCACGCUGUAGCCAUUUUCAGACAGCAGGAUAAUUGCUUGUGGGCCUUGUGCACCCGUUUGACAGGUGUUUCAUGAAAUCUGUAGCAUAACCAACAGUGAUUUCUAAAAUGUUUUUAACCAGAUUUUAUCAAUUUCAAGACAUGCAAACCUGGGAUCAAACAUGCCUGAUACUUAUUUAGUAAAGUGUUUACAGUAAAGUAAUCAAGGUGGUGACUGUUUUUGUCUAUAUUCACAUUGUGUGCUGCCUACAGUAAGAAGCAGAGCUAUGAAGAGGAUUCAUACAGUGUUGUGGAUGGUAGUCAUGAUCAUACCACCAGUCAUUGCCUAAUUAAAGAUCAAAGAUAAGGAGAGUUUUAAAUAACAUUUAACAGCCCUGAAUUAGACUUUUUAUUCCACCCCUUUUUUGAGGCACAAUGAUUUUAAAACAUGCUCAGUUGCAACAGUGGUGCCUUUGACACUCCCUGCUAAUGGAUCUGUCACAUGAGAGGUCUGAACUGCUGAGUGACGUUGGCGGUGACUAAUGCUUCAUGGUGCCAGGAUCUUCUGCUUCAGUUCUGAAUGUGAAAGGGCUAGUGUAUGGGUGAAGAUCUAGUCACAGUGUGGUUUUAAACAGUUACAACAGCCAGUAGUCAUAACUAUCUAGAUGCCUGUGUCCACCUCCCUUUUUUUUGUUUCAUUUUAGUUUUCAGAUUAGUGCUCAGGUACUCGUAACAACACUGUCAUGAGCUCCAGCUUAACCCAAAGGUGAGUACAUUUAGGAAGAACUGUUCACCGGUGACCCUGGUUUGAACUGCCAUAUCCAUUAGCCCUCCAAAAUGGGGUUAGGGCAAUUCAGCCUCUUAGAGGAGAGUGUUUCAUCUCCUGUUUUUGACACUCGCAAGCCUCUGUUGGCUGAGGUACAGUAAGUUCUUUGUCCUAAAUCUGAGUCGGUCUCUUGAGGAAAUUUCUCAAGGGAUGGAAAAGAAAGUCCUCCCAUCUGUGCUGUACCAAUCCAGUUGAAUUUGUGGGGAAAUAUCUGUGACAGUUUUUUGACUCCUUAGCUGUGAUGUCAGUACACACCCUGGCCAGUUAACCUAAUUUGUAUUAAGAUAUGCGCCGGGCAAGUUGUCAAACUCAGGAUUGGGAAUCGCACUCCCCUCUCUCUGCCACACUAUUUAUUCAAAAACAAUGGUGGGCUUGUUUUUUUUUUUUUCUUCCUGAGUUUGAAUGGUAUGCCUCAGCGCUGAUGUUUGACACAUGGGAGAUGUUGAAUUGGCAGAAAUGUAUACUGUGUACACAGUGCAAUCUUCAGGGGGGCCUGAAAAUCCAUGUAUGCACAUGUAUUUUUAAAAUAUUGUCUCUCAGAAGUAUACAUCCGCAUCUGUGUUCAUGGAAAAUCGCCAACCAUAUUGCUGUUCAGUAAUAUGUCCAUAUGCAAGGAUGUGGA